AAAAGAGCUCCAUAGAGUUCCGGCAUGAAGCCACCGCAGAGACGGCGGAAGGUCCCCGCACGCUACACAGGUGAAGCUACCGGCCCCACAGCUUGGAGCCCCCGCGAGAUGCGGCACCUACUGAGACUACUCCAGGCUCGGCGCGGCCAGCCGGAGCCAGACGCCAAGGAGCUGGCCAAGGAGCUGCGAGGCCGGAGCGAGGCCGAGAUCUGUCGCUUUAUCCAGCAGCUCAAAGGCCGGGUGGUUCGAGAGGCCAUUCGGAAGGUGCAACCAGGUGGCAGAGAGGGUCCAAGGCAUCGAGAGACACAGCUCCCAGCCCCUAUAGAGGUAUGGAUGGAUCUUGCUGAGAAAUUAACAGGCCCACUGGAGGAAGCCCUGACUGCAGCUUUCUCCCAGGUACUCACCAUUGCUGCUGCGGAACCUCUCAGCCUCCUGCAUUCCAAGCCAGGCAAGCCCACAAAGGCCUGUGGAAGGGCACUGGUGUUCUUGAGCACCCAAGAUGCACAGAAGGAUCCUGCCCCUGAAGGUUCUGGGCCUGAACCUAUGACUGCUGCUGACCCCACUCCUGAGGCCUCUGUCCCUGAACCUAAGGCCUCCGGUACCAACCCUGAGACCUCUGGCCUUGUCCCAGAGGUCUCUGUCCCUGACCCUGAUGCACCAACCGAGUCCCUGGCUGGAUCCUCCACAGAGAGAGACUUUGCCGUGGACUUUGAGAAGAUCUACAAAUACCUGUCCUCCUCCUCCAGAGGUGGCCAUGGCCCUGAGCUCUCAGCAGUUGAGUCCGCUGUGGUCCUUAACCUGCUCAUGUCACUUGCAGAGGAACUGCCCCACCUGCCUUGCACAGCCCUGGUGGACCAUCUGACUAAAACAUAUGCUCAACUGACGGCUCCCCAGACCUCUCUCGAUAGAGAAAAGAGGCCCAGGCCGGGGACUGAAGAUGGAGGGACUGGCUCCACAGGGCCAGAGGAGACUGGCCAAGGCAGUCCUCAAGCCUCUGAGCCCACAGAACCGAGGCUGGCCUGGAAAGCAGCUGGGGUCUGCCCACUGAACCCAUUCCUGGUGCCCCUGGACCUCCUGAGCCAGGCCCUCGCCCCUGCCAGGUGAAGGAUGCAGCAGGCUGGCUAUGCUGGUUUCUUCCUACAUCGUCUGUCCAGCACUGGUACUGGUGGUCAGGAACGUGAUUGUGGCUUCCUGACAGUGUCCGGCCAUAGGCAAGCCCUUCAGACACUGCAUGCACUAGCAUCCUGGAAAGUGAAGCACAGUUGAAGGAGUUUAACUAUUGGGGAUUUAAGACUGCACAAAGGCGGAAUUCCUGGGCUGGUAGAUUGCGGCAAGUGUCCCUGGCCCCACUGUGCCUGGUUCUCUGCCAUAAGAGUACCACAUCAUCAUCCCUUUGUGCAUGGCACUCACACCCACCCCCAGCACACCCUCCCCACCUCAACUGACCACUGUACCAUCCUCUUCGCCCUUCUCUGGGUGUCCUGUGACCCUCAAUAAAGCUGUCAUCUAACUA